GUUCCCUCCAAAAGUAUGAUAAUCACAUUUCCACUCAAUGAUGGACUGGUAGACCUUCAUUUACAUAGAAAAGACGAUUUGUCUGUCAAUGUUCCAGUGUAUACCAGCGAUACCGGAGGAAACAUUGUCAGGAAAUUAAUACCCAGCAAAAAUAAUGUUUUUUUCUAUCAAGAUCGACAAAAGUUUGCUGCUUUUUACAUCGAGACUACUGAUUCAUCGUCUUGUUUGUUUGGAAACUUUGAGUACCAAUCAAAUGAAUUCUUUUUGGAGCCAAGAAAUGCAGAGUGCGAUGACUCAAGGCAAAAUCCAUUGUUGUUUAAAAUUUUCAAGAUCAAACAUAGCCAUUUUCAGUACAACGACUCGAUGACAAUUGGAGAGAUGAAUAUUCAACCGAUACCCAGUGAAACCAGGUCAGCUAAUGUGAAGCGAUCAGCGACUGAGUACAAAGUGGAGAUGCUUUUGAUUAUAGACUAUUCCAUUUACAGCUAUUGGUUCACUCAAAGCGCAACAGGGACAACUGCAGCAAGGGACACUGAAGCUAAAUACAACAUAAGGCAAUUCUAUGCCUGGGUUAUAAAUGGGAUGGAUAUCCGGUACAAGAACAUUCAAACAGCAGCAUACAUGAUCUCGGUUGUUUACGCAGGAAUCUAUAUUGCUGAUACCGCUGCAAAGUCUUCUUUUACCGAAAACCACAAAGACUCCUCCAGCCCAAAGCCGAAGGUGGAUGCAGGCAAAGUGUUGGAUGACGUCACAUCCUGGAUAAACGGUGAAUCCGGUCUUCCUGGUCAUGACCAUGCAAUGAUGUUUUCAAGAUAUGAUUUUACAAGUGGAGGCUCGAAUGACAUUGCUGGCUUGGCUUUUGUGUCAAAGGUGUGCACAUCUCAGAGCGUGUCUAUUGUCGAAGAUAACUUCGACUUUGUCAUACUUACGGUUGCUGCGCACGAACUUGGACACAGCUUGGGUGCAGUUCAUGAUGGAGCAGACAGUUCUUACAUAAUGGCUGCGUCGGCUUCUCCUCCUCAAAAUACAAACCCUUGGAAAUUUUCAACACAGUCCACAAACUCCUUUACUACCUAUAUCAAUUCCCUCAAUUCGGCAGGGACCAAUUGCAUGACGUCGUUAAGUGAAACCUUCGACCCAACAGCUUUAAACAAGUUUACAGGGUUGCCAGGACAGGCUUACGAUGCGGACACGUAUUGUAAAAAUAUAUAUGGGUCUGGAUCAGCUCUUUGCAAAGCGAUAUAUAAAGGAAAUUACACUUCAAUCUGUUUAACUUUGUGGUGUCUGAACACAGAGAGAUCUGGGGAUUGUCUGGCCUCUGUGGCAGGAGACGGUAUGCAAUGUGGACACAGAAAGUGGUGUAUAUCUGGAGUCUGUACGUAUGAUGUUUGUGCUCCACCAGGGGACGAAUCUUGUUUAUAUGGUGAAAGAUCUGGCACUGUAUUGGUAUACAACGGAAAGGAGAAAACGUGUGUUGACGUCACCAGAGAACCAUACCUGUGUUACGAAAAGGACAUUAGCGCAUACUGUUGUAAAUCCUGCCCUCGUUUUUAUACCGGAAGGCAAGGAUGUGAGUAUGGGGAUAAAUUGUCCGGCUGUUCAUCUCAAUAUUGUCCUCAGUAUAAAGAUGACAAAUGCUGUGGAUUUUGUUAUUCUGGAGCUACACAAACCACAGACACUGUCACCACAACAGAGGAACCCGACUUAUGCAAGACAACAACAAUUAUGAUGAAAGUAUCAGAGAAUUCCACCACCAACAAUACUAAAUUUUCCACGAUAACAACACAAACAACACAUUCAGGCUCUCCUCAACCACAUAAGAAUGUAACAUCAACUUCUGAACCUCGCCAGUCGCAAGCAACAUUUACAGGACAUUUAUCUACUGUUCCAAUAAACACAACGACAAUAGCGUCUUACACAGACUUUCCAGUAAACGAGAAAAUAAAAUUUUCUUUUGUUUUACGGAUGGCAAUAGUAUUAAGGGAGAAUUUAUCUGAUAACACGGAAUAUUCAUCUGUAAAGGGAAAAGCUGAAACAGCAUUGACGACUUUGUACAGAAAGAGACUAGGGAGUCGUUUUAAAAGCUGUAAUGUUACAGGAUUAAGGAAAGGUAGUUUAGUUGUAAACUAUGAUGUCUACACGACGAGCGAUUCAUCUUCGUCAUCAAAUUUAGUAUCCAUUAACCAAGAUCUCCUGUCUGGUAAAGAAAACGUGACAUACGACGGACAAAAUGCACCAGUGUCAUCUCUAUCAUUUAUCGACUCCUCGGGGAAAAUCGUGAACUUCACAAAUUUUUCAUCUGGAUGUCAAAUUCUGAAGGCGAUCAAUCCGUGUAGGACUGGAUCACAAUGCGUUGAAGAACAACAAGGACCAGUUUGCCGUGUGAUUUCAAUAGAUAACGAAAAGGAUUGGACAAUGUUAAUACUGUUGGUUGGUGGUGCCUGUGUGGUGGUUCUCGUGGUAACAAUCACGGUACUGGUCUUCUGCAGAAGAAACAAAAACAAAAAGAAUACAAUAGAGGGAGAGUGA